GCCCGGGCUCUUUGUCGGCGCGUGCCGGCGGGGGUCGGCAGCGCCAUGUCCUCCCCCAAGAAUGGCUUCUACCGGCAGGAGAUCACCAAGACCCUCUGGGAAGUGCGGGACCGCUACCGGGACCUGCAGCCGGUGGGGUCUGGCGCCUACGGAGCCGUGUGCUCAGCCGUCGAUGGAAGAAGUGGUACCAAAGUGGCCAUUAAGAAAUUGUACCGCCCGUUUCAGUCGGAGCUCUUUGCCAAACGAGCUUACCGAGAGCUGCGUCUCCUGAAACACAUGAAGCAUGAAAACGUCAUUGGAAUUUUGGAUGUGUUCACACCAGAUGUAACACUGGAGAAAUUUAAUGACUUCUACUUCGUCAUGCCAUUUAUGGGAACAGACUUGAGUAAGAUAAUGAAGCAUGAGAAAUUAACUGAAGAUCGAAUCCAGUUCCUGGUGUAUCAGAUGUUAAAAGGCUUAAAGUAUAUUCACUCAUCAGGCAUAAUUCACAGGGAUCUAAAGCCUGGAAACUUGGCCGUAAAUGAAGACUGUGAAUUGAAGAUCUUGGAUUUUGGAUUGGCAAGGCACACAGACAGUGAGAUGACUGGCUAUGUGGUCACAAGGUGGUACAGAGCCCCAGAGGUCAUACUUAACUGGAUGCAUUAUACUCAGACAGUUGACAUCUGGUCUGUGGGCUGUAUAAUGGCUGAGAUGAUAACAGGGAGACCUCUGUUCAAGGGAAAUGAUCAUCUGGACCAACUCACAGAAAUAAUGAAAAUAACAGGUACACCAACUCAAGACUUUGUUCAAAAAUUGCACAGUCAAGAUGCAAAAAACUAUAUCAAAAGCCUCCCAAAAGUCCAGAAGAAAGAUUUUGCAUCCAUCUUGAAGUAUGCAAAUCCUUUGGCUGUAAACCUUUUGGAGAAGAUGCUGGUGCUGGAUGCAGAGAAGCGAGUCACAGCAGCUGAGGCUUUGGUGCAUCCUUACUUUGAACCAGUUCACGAUCCUGAGGAAGAAAUUGAAGCUGAGAAAUACGACGACACAUUUGAUAACAUGGAUCUUCCACUGGAUGAGUGGAAGCGCAUUACAUAUAAAGAGAUACUGAACUUCAAGCCACCACAGACAUCGGACUCAAAGGAGACAGCCGUGUAAUUGUAUGGCUCAGUAUUUUCAGAACUCUGAGGAAGGCAGAAAAGUUGCAAAUGUUUGUGAUGUUUCAGGUGUAUAAACUUUUUAUAACAUAAGCUCUAUGUAAUCUGUUUCAUCUGCACUGUAAGAAAAAGGAAUGUCCUUUACUCUGCAUGUGGAAGUUAGUGCCUUUGGGCACAGUGUUUCAAAAAUAUCCAAAAAAACAUUUCUGCCUACAGCUUGUUCCUUCUGCAUGAAAGGACUCGGACUGCAAUAACCUGGUGCCAUGCUCAAAAAAGCAGGACUAAUUCUUCAAUUCGGAGAUCAGAAGAGUACAAGUUACCACUCCAGGCAAGCUGAGAACACAGUAUGUCUGAUGUGCUGUGACUGCUCUCCGAGGCCACUGAACUGUCUUGAAUGCAAGAAGUACUCCUGUGACUUUCUUUGGAAUAUUUCACUUUGCUGAGAUGCCUGGGAAGGCUAAUUAUGUACUGUUACCUCAGGGACUGCAGUGGGUAGCAGAGACACAGCCCACACGAGUGCCUGCAUCCCCUGUCCUGUGUGAGCGGAAGGGAACCUCAGAUGUGUUGAUGUCCUAGAUUUUUUUCCAAGUAACCAGCAUAGCAGGACAGGAUUUCAUAAACUUGCUAGGUGAACAGUCACUGGAUAUAUAAUCACUGUAUAAUAAUUUUCUCUGAAUACAGUGCAUUUUCUUUGUAUAGUAGACUAGGGAUCAAGGAUUUCCAGGGAGAAAUUCUUCAGAUUUUCUAAAAUUUUGUAAGCUCUCUAACAUCUUAGUAUUGAAAUUAUCUCAGACAAUCAGCAGUGCUGAUUUUAAACAUAAAGCUGUAUGUGGGUCACUUUAUGGAAAAUGUAAUGAGGACCAAAAUGAUACACUGCAGCUCUUACCAGGUGAAGAAUAAUUGCUCCCUUUUUUUACCCUUUUGAAUUCAUCUUGGAAAAACCUUCAGACCUUUUGUUGAGAGGUACCUUAGCAGGACUCAGCUUCCUUAUGGGUUAGAUGCUUCCUGAGUUCCUCUUGCUGUCCUGUUACUGUAUUUUCCUAGGUGCUUUGUAAGGGUCUCUGAGAGGUAGGAAAAAGAAUUGGCAAACGUUUGUGAAGAAUGUCUAGGUGAGAUUGCUUGUCUUUCUUAAAGGUAAUAUCUUCACAGCUGACUGUUUGGAUGUGGAUUAUUCCCAAUGUAAUACACUGUAGUGUGUUACUACUGAGUGAAAUGAAUGUGAAAGAAGACAUUCGAUCUUAGCAGAUAGUAACUGGAAAAAAAGAAGAAUUUACUUGGGUUUUUUUAUUUUUUGGUUUAAUAAUGAAUAUAAACCAUAAGUUUAUUAAAGGCAUAGUUAAUCUGUUUCUUUCAAUUAGUGUUUGAAUUAAACACCUGUAAAUAUUAGCAUUUGUUUAAAAAUUGUUUGUGAUGGGAGUUCAUUAGCUGAGGUGGACACCUAGAGAGACUAAAUAGUAACAGAAACCUUAAAUUCAUGUAUUUGACAAGUCAUUAAAAACUACGGUUUCAGGAAUGCAUGAAAAAAAGGCAGAGAAUGUAAAUUAAAUCAAAAUAUUUUUCCAAACUAUAGGCUCCUUGCAGAAGAAGGCAUACUUAAGAGUCAUACCCCACUUUGCACUAUGGACUUUCUGCUUGGUCUACACUUCUAUGUUAAAUAGAAACUUUAUCUUUUACAGAAUAGAUGUUUUCUCUUAGGAUCAUGUUCUGUGUUCUUAAAAGUUGUGGGAGAAAAGUGCCUAUUGGAAUUAGUGGUGUUGAUGGACCAAGUCAAUGGGAAGUGAAAAAUGUCAGACACUUACUUGAAAAUGCUGUCGCUAUAUUUUAAACGGAUUUCAACAUCCUAAAUUCUAGCAAAUGCCUAAAGUCUGGAGAUAAUGCAGAUGGACCAAAUGUUAGUCAGACUAGGAGGCAGCGUUUUUUUAAUAGAAAAACUGCUUUUCAUUUUCUUCCCUAAGGCCAACACUUCAGUAGGUAUUUCCACAAAGUCAAGCCCUAAAAUCCUCCAUUGGCUGAGAUGAACUUUUCCCUCUCUUAAUUUUAGCUUAGCAUUGGAGAAGCAGCCAGCACACAUGAGAAAGACAUAAACAGAUAAUGUUAGCUUUUCUUGCUAGUGGAGGAAUAUAGAACUUCUAAAGUAACUGAAGACCUUGAUGCAUAUGUCAGCAAAGACAGAAGUACUGCUGUGCUGUCAGCAAAUGGCAAAGGCAACAUCAAGUUGGUCAAGAAGUUUUGGUGAAGAGAUUGAAUUCUGCAGAAAUGGCUCCAAGUGGCAAUAGUGAUCAUUAAAAGAACUGUGAGGUGAAAGCAGAAAUACUUUGCAGCAGAAGCAGCAGCUACUCCGAAGGGAGAGACAACAGUUCCUAAGUUUUUUUUAUUUGCUAUUCCUACUGGUGCUGAGCAACUCAGGUAUAAGAACCCAAUUUCUGUUUGCCUUAAAAAAAUGUCAAUACAUUCUGCAUGUACACGAAACGUAUUGUGACAAAUAAAGGUUGUGAGUGUUUUUUA